AUGACGUCCGUGUCCAAGGUUGGUUCACUGGCACUCUGCAUCCACAAGGUCCGUAUGCACCUCAGCCUGCACCCUUGCAUCACUUCGGUGCCACAGCAGGGCUCCCUUGCGCAGCAAUCUACCUAUUGUCAGGCAGCACAUGUGACGAGUUUGAGAACAUCGUUUUUGACAUUACGACAUUCUAUCCGAAGAUGGUGCAGACUUGCUUAUGUUGGAAGCAAAUCACACGACCCAUUCGUCACAGUUCCCCAGAUUCUGGGGAUCGCCGGGCCUAAAGCGCGGGGAAGCCCAGUGUCGCUGCGUUGA